AUGCCCACUCGAGAAGACUCCGUAUAUUUACCCUCACAAAUCCAUAACCACAAAAUUUUACAGUACUACAAAGAUGUUUCUGAUAUGGUAUUAGGAUCAGCCUGCGGGAUAUUGCAAUUGGAAGGCCUUUACGGCCUGAUUUUCUUUGUUGUUGGCACUAUACUAACUGGAUCUUUGUAUCAGUUUGCAAUGACAACAUUUGGUCGGAAAGGCAAUGAAAAGAUAAGACUAGACGAUUACUAUCAGCACCCUAUAAAGGAAAUCUACCUAGGAGAGCUUGGGCGACAAUUUGCAACGUUUGUGAUGAUGUGGUGCUUAUUAGGGGCAAUAGUUUCCUACUAA